AUGAGUAGUGACGCAAUUAAAUUGAAUUUUAACCUCAACUGUGAAGCUCAUACACAGCUUCUCGAACUAAAAAACGAGAAUAAAAACAAUAAAAUAUUGCAAGUUAUCUUAAGGAUAAGUGAAAACCCACGAAUCCUCGAAAUCCUCGAAACGUUUCGAAGUAUUGAGCCGUUUCUCAAAUCAACAUCAAUUGUUAGAUUUCGCUUUACUGUAAAUGAACAUAACGAUAAUUCUAUUCACAAUAUAAAAACCGUCAUUGAAAAUUACAUGAAUUCUAAUUAUGAUCAAAAUCAUUACAUUCUUGUUAAUGAUACCUUCGUUGAUAUAGAGAAGAACAGCCAGCCUACAUUCCUUGAAUCUAGCAUUGUAGCUAGUAAUAAAACUUACAACGCGGAAGAUGGCGACAUUUUUGAUGAGGCUUGUGAAUUAGAUGAAAUUUACUAUUGGGGAUUUCGCCAAUGGUGCACUUUCGCUCUCUUUUAUGGGUCGUUUUUGAUUUUUGUAGCUCGAUUUUUUCCGUCUUCUUAUUCCCUACACUAA